CUCAAUCUGCUGCCUAAAGCUACACAAAGUCAACUGUGACGGCUCUACCUGGUCCUCCAAAACUCUUGAGGGACACUUGAAAGCUUUGUGCAGCAUCUGUGCUUCCAGGCUCAGCUGGUCUGGUCACCAUGCCUCCCUGGCAGAUCACUAGCAAAGAGAGAUAUGGAGUUGCAAUAUGUAAUUUUACAAGUCGAGGAUCGCCUCAAAUAUCCCUUCAAAUUGGAGAUGUAGUCCACAUAUUAGAGUCAUGGGAAGGCUGGUACAGAGGAUAUCUGGUGAAACAGAGGAUGCAUGUGGGGAUAUUUCCUAAAUCCUUCAUCCAUAUCAAGGAAGCUACAAUCCAAAAGAAGAGAAAUACAGAAAACAUAGUUCCUGCUGAGAUUCCUUUGGUGCGUGAAGUUACAACUACCUUACGCGAAUGGGGAAACAUUUGGAAACAGUUAUACACGUCAAGCAAAAAGGAGAGAUUCCAGCAGGUCCAGUCAAUGAUGUGUGAUUUGAUGGAAUGGCGAUCACAGCUCCUUUCCGGCACCUUGCCAAAGGACGAAUUAAAGGAACUUAAGCAAAAAGUAACUUCAAAGAUUGACUACGGCAACAAAAUCCUUGAGCUUGAUUUGAUUGUACGAGAUGAAGAUGGAAAUAUCUUGGAUCCUGACAAAACAAGUGUUAUCAGCCUGUUCCAUGCCCACAAAGAAGCCACAGAGAAAAUCACUGAGCGGAUAAAAGAAGAAAUUACCAGAGAUCAAAAUGACUUUGCUAUGCAUGGCCGUAUAACUUCUUCACCCACGCACAGUCUUUAUGUCUUUGUAAGAAACUUUGUCUGCAGAAUAGGGGAAGAUGCCGAGCUUUUUAUGUCAUUGUACGAUCCUCAGAAACAAGCAAUUAUAAGUGAGAAUUAUUUGGUGAGAUGGGGAAGCAAAGGAUUUCCUAAAGAAAUAGACAUGCUUAACAAUUUAAAGGUUGUUUUUACAGAUCUUGGAAACAAGGACCUUAAUAGAGACAGAAUUUAUUUAGUGUGCCAAAUUGUUAGAAUUGGAAGAAUGGACCUUAAAGAAGCAAAUAUAAAGAAGUGCACUCUAGGAUUAAGGCGACCCUUUGGAGUUGCAGUAAUGGACAUCACUGACGUAAUGAAAGGGAAAGCUGAAAGCGAUGAAGAAAAGCAGCAUUUUAUACCCUUCCAUCCGGUUGCAGCAGAGAAUGAUUUUUUGCACAGCCUUCUUAACAAAGUCACAGCACUAAAAGGAGACAGCGGUGGACAAGGUCUUUGGGUUACAGUAAAGAUGUUGGUUGGCGAUUCUGUUCAGAUUCGGAAGGACUAUCCUCAUCUUGUGGACAGAACUACAGUUAUUGCAAGGAAGCUAGGAUUCCCUGAAAUAAUCAUGCCAGGGGAUGUAAGGAAUGACAUUUACAUUACAUUAGUAAGUGGGGAUUUUGACAGAGCCACACAGAGGAAUGUUGAAGUUAUUAUGUGUGUGUGUGAUGAAGAAGGAAAAGUCCUGCCAAAUGCCAUCUGCUUGGGAGCUGGGGACAAACCUGUCAGUGAAUAUAGGUCUGUCCUGUAUUAUCAGAUCAAACAGCCACGCUGGAUGGAAACCAUAAAGGUUGCUGUUCCAAUUGAGGAAAUGCAGCGCAUACACCUGCGGUUCAUGUUCAGGCACAGAUCAUCUAUGGAAUCAAAAGACAGAGGAGAGAGGAACUUUGCCAUGGCCUAUGUUAAGCUGAUGAAAGAUGAUGGAACAACGCUGCACGAUGGAAGCCAUGACUUGGUGGUUUUAAAGGGUGAUAGCAAGAAAAUGGAAGAUGCCAGCACUUAUCUUUCCCUUCCCUCUACCCGUCAGCAAAUGGACGUGAAAAGUUCAACCUUCAUCAGAAAUAGUGGCAGUUCUGGUGGACUGUCAGUCAGUUCACGUGAUUCUUUUGCCAUUUCAACACUUGUAUGUUCAACCAAAUUGACCCAAAAUGUUGGUCUACUUGGACUUUUGAAGUGGCGUAUGAAGCCUGAGCUUCUGCAAGAAAAUUUGGAAAAGCUGAAAAUUGUAGAUGGAGAGGAAGUUGUAAAAUUUCUUCAAGAUACUCUUGAUGCCCUGUUUAAUAUCAUGAUGGAGCAUUCCCAUUCAAACAAAUAUGAUAUACUAGUCUUUGAUGCUUUAAUUUACAUUAUUGGACUUAUUGCUGAUCGGAAAUUCCAACAUUUUAACACUGUUUUAGAAGCCUACAUAAAGCAACAUUUUAGUGCCACUUUGGCUUAUAAGAAGCUAAUGACUGUUUUGAAGAAAUAUUUGGAUAUUUCCAGCAGAGGAGAGCAGUGCGAGCCAAUUCUAAGGACUUUGAAAGCGCUGGAAUAUGUGUUCAAGUUCAUUGUGCGGUCGAGGACAUUAUUUUCACAGCUCUACGAAGGCAAAGAGCAGACAGAGUUUGAAGAGUCCAUGAGAAAACUUUUUGAGUCUAUAAAUAAUCUCAUGAAGAGUGAAUGCAAGACUACAAUCUUAUUACAGGUUGCUGCUCUGAAAUAUCUACCUUCAGUUCUACAAGAUGUGGAGUCAGUAUUUGAUGCCAGACUGCUUAGCCAACUGCUGUAUGAGUUCUACACGUGCAUUCCUCCAGACAAAUUACAGCAGCAAAAAGUACAGUCCAUGAAUGAGAUCGUUCGCAGUAACCUGUUUAAGAAACAAGAAUGCCGUGAUAUUUUGUUACCCAUGAUCACCACAGAGUUAAAGGAGUGGUUAGAACAUGGAAAACUAGAGUUAUCCCAAUCCCAGAACAAUAAGAAGUAUUGUGUGAAUUUGCUCAACAGCAUUCUGGAGGUGCUCAGCGGUCAAGAUGCGAAAACAACCUUCUAUCACAUCCAAGAAAUUACCGAACAACUUCUGCAAACAGUAAACAGAACGGUCAUAAUGAUGGGACGAGACCAAGAAUUAAUAAGUAAUUUUGUGGCAUGUAUGACGGCAAUUCUACAGCAAAUGGAUGACAAACAUUAUACUCAUUACAUUGGAACUUUUCAGUCAAGUUCAGACUUAGUGGACUUUUUAAUGGAGACAUUUAUAAUGUUUAAAGAUCUUAUUGGAAAGAAUGUUUAUCCUUCGGACUGGAUGACUAUGAGCAUGGUACAGAACAGAGUUUUCUUAAGAGCGAUUGACAAGUUUGCCAGAACCAUGAACCAAAAAUAUCUUGAAAACAUGAGUUUUGAAGUGCAGCUCUGGAACAAUUAUUUUCAUCUGGCAGUGGCUUUUAUUACUCAGGAUUCUCUACAGCUGGAGAAUUUCUCUCAUGACAAGCGCAAUGAGAUUUUGGACAAGUAUGAAGACAUGAGAUGCUUGAUAGGUUUCGCAAUACGUGACAUGUGGUACAAGCUUGGUCAGAACAAAAUUUGCUUCAUUCCUGGAAUGGUUGGACCUAUUCUAGAAAUGACUCUCAUACCUGAAGGUGAAUUACGCAAAGCCACAAUCCCAAUCUUCUUUGAUAUGAUGCUAUGCGAAUACCAAAGACAUGGAGAUUUUAAAAAGUUUGAGAAUGAGAUAAUACUGAAACUGGACCAUGAAGUUGAAGGAGGGCGAGGUGACUGGCAGUACAUGCAACUUUUUGAAACAAUAUUGCUGGAUUACGCUGCAAACCAUCCUUCCAUCUUUGAGGCAGUGGAAAGCUUUGUGACUCUGAUAAAAGGCCUGUUGGAGAGGUUAUUGGAUUACAGGGCGGUGGUGACUGAUGAGAGCAAAGACAACCGGAUGAGCUGCACAGUCAACUUAUUGAACUUCUACAAAGAUAUUAAUCGGGAAGCAAUGUACAUCAGAUACCUAUACAAGCUCAGAGAUUUCCAUUUGGACUGUGAAAACUACACAGAGGCAGCAUAUACUCUCCUGCUCCAUACAAGGCUCCUAAAGUGGACAGAUGAGCAGUGUUCACCCCAGGUCAUGCAGACAGAAUUCCAAAGUUCACAAACUCACCGUCAGCUAAAGGAGACCUUGUAUGGAGUUAUCAUUGGAUACUUUGACAAAGGAAAGAUGUGGGAGGAAGCAAUAUCCCUGUGCAAACAAUUGGCAGACCAAUAUGAAAUGGAAAUCUUUGACUAUGAACUACUGAGCCAGUGUUUGACAGAGCAAGCAAAAUUUUAUGAAAACAUAAUGAAAAUUCUUCGUCCGAAGCCAGAUUACUUUGCAGUUGGAUACUAUGGGCAAGGAUUUCCAACAUUCCUCCGGAACAAGGUGUUCAUUUAUCGAGGAAAAGAAUAUGAGCGGAGAGAAGAUUUUUUGGCACAGUUGAUGAGCCAGUUCCCUUUCUCAGAGAAGCUGAACACUACCUCAUCCCCUGGAGACAAUAUCAAGAACUCCCCUGGACAAUAUAUCCAGUGUUUCACAGUACAACCUGUGCUGGAGGCAAAACCCCAGUUUAAGAAUAAACCUGUUCCUGAUCAGAUUAUAAACUUUUACAAGUCAAAUUAUGUGCAAAGAUUUCACUAUUCAAGACCUGUAAGAAAAGGCUCCAUUGAUCCUGAGAACGAGUUUUCUUCCAUGUGGAUUGAAAGAACAACUUUUGUCACGGCUUACAGGUUACCUGGAAUACUACGUUGGUUUGAGGUUACAUCAGUGUCUCAUACAACCAUUAGUCCUCUUGAAAAUGCAAUUGAAACUAUGUCUGCCACCAAUGAGAAGAUACUGAUGCUUAUAAAUCAGUACCAGAGAGAUGAAAAUCUGCCAAUAAAUCCAUUAUCCAUGUGUCUGAAUGGGAUUGUUGACCCUGCUGUCAUGGGCGGCUUUGCAAAAUAUGAAAAGGCUUUCUUUACUGAAGAAUACACACGGGAGCAUCCUGAAGAUUGUGAGAAGCUGCACAAACUGAAGGAUCUUAUCGCUUGGCAGACACCUCUCCUUGGGGCUGGAAUACGAAUUCAUGAAAAAAGAGUCACUGAAGACCUUCGUCCUUUCCAUGACCGAAUGGAGGAAUGUUUUAGGAGUUUAAAAAUGAAGGUUGAAAAGCAAUAUGGCAUGAGAGAAUUGCCUGACUUUGAUGAUGGAAGAGUGGGAAGGCCAAGAUCCAUGUUACGAUCCUAUCGACAGAUGUCUAUCAUAUCUAUGACUUCAAUGACAUCUGACUGCAGCACUCCCAACAAGCCUGCAGCAGAAAGUAAAUUUGAUCUUGAAACCUCUAUGUCCAAAUCAAAACCUCCUGAAAAUGAAGGAGAGCCUUCUCCAGUGUCCAGUGAACCUGAUGUAAAACUGCGGAGAUCUCGCAAGAAAAAUAAAAGGAGCAGUGUGGUAUUUGCUGAUGAAAAAACAUCUUCUGAAGCAUCUCUGUCAGAGUCAAAGAGAUUGUCAAGGAAGCAGGAAUUUAUGAGUGACACCAACCUCUCAGAUCGUGUAACGGCACAGCAAAGUACUUCUGUUCUCAAGCAAAUGAGCUUUGCAAGUCGCUCUAUGCCAACAAUACCAGCAUUAACUUUAUCAGUUGCCAAUGGUUCAACAAGUGAAGAUCCAAAUCCGUCCUACAGGAUGAGCCAACCAAAUGCAGGUGCCCUGGAGUCAGACAGGAAGAUUGCGAAGAAAAGCAGCAAAGUGAACCAGUUCUUUAAGACAAUUCGCUCCACCAAGGGCACCGAUGAUGGAAAGCAGACUAUGGACCCGCAAAAUGAAACAUUGUUUCUUAACCUGUGAUUUUUGUGUUCAAGUGACAAUAAUCUCUAAAUGGGGACACGGUUUCCAUGUAAAAUCAAUCUUCAUUACUGUUAUUAAUGCAGAAAAGUAAAAAUUACCAAAAAAUUUAAUUAAUUUGUGUACAACAAUGGAGAGCAGAGAUGGAAAGAAGGUCAAGGUAUAUGUUCACAAAGACAAAACAUAUUUUUGCCCUAUUCUAGAGCAAAGUACCCCUAUUAUAUAAAUCUUUUUUUUAUCUGAAUAACUAUAUUCAGUGAACAAUUAUUUCCUAUGUAAAACUGUCCCAGCUUCAGACAUAUCAAACAUGUAGCUAGAAACAGUACAUCCCUACUGUUUUUAUGGAGAGAAACAAAGGGUAACCUGGAAAUACCUGCAGUAUGCUACUUUGGAGUAAACCCUUUUGAUCAAAAAAGUGAUAAAAAAAAAAUUUGUAUAAAAAAAAAAAUAUACAAAUAUAAUAAAAUGCUAUGUGAAGCAACCAUAAGAAAUACUGUAGUUAUGAGGGUUUGUUUGGCUUAUGGUUAUUAUAGGAAAUACACAAAAUUCCCAUAAAUGAAUCAUCUUCCUAUAUAUCCUACAUCCAUGUGGCUGCUGUGAAGAAAGUCUCUAAAGCAGUGAUUCCCACCCAUAGUGCCUCCAGCUGUUGCAAAAUUACAACUCCCAGUAUGUCAAUACAACCAAUCCGGGCAUGCUGAAGUUGUAGUUUUACAAUAGCUGGUGGCAGACUGGUUGGCAAACACUGCUCUAAAGUAUUGUUCACAGAAAAGAGUAGCAUUGACAAGCUGGCUGCCCCCGUGUUUAUAUAAAACAGCAUAAAAAACUACAUAGAAGAUAAAUGACUAAAAGGGAACCUGUCAUCAUUUUCAAGCUGCCUGAUCUGAGAGUCAUUGGGGCAGUCCCUGCUGGCCUUUCCCUGCCCCACUGGCCUUUAUUGACAGAUGUUUGGGUACAAGGAGAAAUCUAUUAGUCAAGGCUGGUGGGGCGGGCAGAAGCCACCAGGGACCGCCCUGAUGACUUGUGGUUCAGAAAGCAUGAAAGUGAUAACGGGUAAUAAUACCCCAGCUGAGCACCAUGGAAAAAGCUUCUAACAAAUUGCCAGGGACAAAGUCUAAAAUAGGCUGCAUAGAGUAAUGACAGUAAAAUAACUUUGUCAGCAAAUCGAUAAAUAUUUCUUAAUGAAGGCUACUGGAUAAGAAUGGCUGUUCUUAAAUUUAGGCUUAGAAAGGUCUAAUUGAUAUGGAAUGCCAAGCUACUUUUUCUCUGCUUUUAGUCAGUUUCACUGUAUCUUAUCUACUCAACUUGUUUUUACUAAAAAAAGAGCACACAAACCUGUACCAAUCUGCCAUGUAGGAAUGUAGUUAAAGAGGCGGCAUAGAGCAUUCUGCCAUAUUAAUCAGAUAUACAAAGGUACAAAAACCUUUAAAUGAAAACUAAACAUUGAACUGAAAUAUGUUGUAAAGACUGUUUUGUGCAAGGUUCUUCAGUCAUAUAGAAUGUGGCUUCUUUUUGUAUGGUGUUUUUUUUAUUAACAAAAGUGACGAAACAAUUUUAUAUUUUUACACUUUUUUGUAUGUUCAUUUUUAUUGUUUUCACAUAUAAUCAACUUUGUGCAUGCUGUGUGAUAAAAUAAAAGCUAUAGC